UAGAUAUUGUGUAGCCACACCCUUACAUUAAGCAUGCAUGGCGAGCUAACUUUUAAAGCGCCUCACUAUGUUUAUUAGAAGAACUAAGCAGGUAUCUUUAUAAGCAAUUCAAGAAUUAAAAAGGCCUUUGAAAAUGCAAAUAAGAGACACAGAGAAGCUUAAAGUAUGGCUACUGAAGAAGCUCCAGCCAUUGUGCGAUGCUGAUCCAGCCGCUCUCUCUAAGUACAUUGUUGCUCUACUGAGGAAGGAGAAGCCUCGCUCGGCUCUUAAGGAUCUCUGCAUUAACCAGUUGGAAGUGUUUCUCUCUAAAGAAACACCCACGUUUGUCGACAAGUUAUUUCGCAGUUUGGACAGUGAGUCGUACAUGACAGGCGGAGACGACUCGGACUCGACUCCGCCCUCUGGACUGAUAUCAGGCAGCAACAGGAGCAGCCUUGAGAGCGUUCGGAGCUCAGGAGGCGUGGCUAAUAGCGUCUCCCCUUCUAUGAUGGUCCCAGAGAGGAUCGUCACUGACCACAGGAGACAGUCUGAAGACAUGAGACACAGAGAAGUUGAUGAUGACGAUAGGGAUUUCCGCAGAGCUCACUACCGCCAUGAGCCCUCUCCCUCUCUCUACCCCGCCCACAUUGGAGGGGGAGGGGCCUCGGGCAGUGGAACGGGAGCAGCUGAGAAGAACAAGAUAAAGAAAAAGAUAGAGAUUGAUCCUCCAAGAAGAUCGAUACGACAGAGACUGGGGAAUAGAGAAGAUGAGAGAAGGAGGAGGAGGCCCAGGAGUAGAAGCAGAAGUCGUAGCAGUACUCCUGAUCGUCAGAGCAGCAGGUCAUCAAGUACUACCCCACCACCUGAUAUAGAAGACAGAAGCAGACGCAAGCGUAUCCAUACUGACCCAAUGGGCGGAGUCAGCAACGACUUGAAACCGGUUGCUAAGCGACAGCGUUGUAAAGAUUAUGAUGAGCGUGGUAUGUGUCUGCUAGGUGAACAGUGUCCAUUUGAUCAUGGAAAUGAUCCGCUGGUCAUUACUGGGAUGCCUCCUUAUCCUCCUCCCCCUCCUCCUCCUCCUUUCCCCCUCUCUCUUCCUCCGCACCCGCCACCUCACCAUCACCUACCGAAAACUAAUGCCGCUGAUGGAUACAAUCCUGAAGAUCCUUCCCUCACAGCUGGUGCUAAUCCUCCUCCUCUCCCUCCUCCCCCUCUCCUUCCUCACCAGAUCCCUCCCCUUCGUCCCGCCUUUCCUCCUCCUAUCCCCCCAAUCCCACGUCUCCCUCACAUCCCCCCAAUGCACUCUAAUCCACCUCCUACAAUACCCUCGGCUUUCACACCUGUUAGCUGUCAAGCUCCACCCAUUGCCCCACCCACAAGACACGUUCAUUAUGGUGGGGCUGGAGGCGGAGCCAAGCCACACCCAGGCAGAUCCAGUGACACAAUUGUCCUUAGAAAGAUACCAAAAGAUCUCAACACUAUCACCAAACUGAGUGGCUACUUUGAAAAAUUUGGAAAUAUUGUCAAUCUACAGGUGAGGUAUGAGAAUGAUCCAGAGUCUGCUAUUGUACAGUUUUCUUCACCUUCUGAAGCAAAGGCUGCUCACGAUUGCACUGAAGCUGUACUUAAUAAUAGGUUUAUUCGUGUCUAUUAUCUUAAAGGAGGUUUGGGCGGGGUUGGAGUAGGCGGGGCUGAGAACAAGCAUCAUCAUAAUGCUCCUCCCACUUAUCAUCAAGCCAAUAAGAAGGAAACUACAUCUUCACAGCCUACUGUCAAUUCUUCCUCUAAUAAGCAGCCACAAGAAGUCAUCUCUACUUCUUCUCCGUCUCUCCCUCCGUUGCAGGCUCCGCCCGCCCAUUCCUAUCCUCAGCAUCGUCCUCAGAAACCCUCACCUGCUCCUGUCUCAGUCUCGGCGGCAGCUGCCAACUUAAAGCGACUUGAACUUCAGAAGAAAACCCAGUCUUUGCUGGAAAGCCAAAUACAGCAGCAGAAAUUGUUGUUGGAUAAAUUGGAGAAAUGCUCAACUGAAGAGAGGGAAAAGAUAUUACUUACUAUUAAGUCUCUUAAUUCCAGUGUCAAUAAGCUGAGGGAUUCACUCUCUUCCGUUGCAAAAGCCACUGCCUCUAAGCCAAACCCUACUGGAAAUAGGGGCAUGGUCAAAUCCAAGCAAGCCACGCCUCCUUUGACCUCGUCUACCAUGUCUCUACAGCAACAAGCUGACCAAUUAAGAAUGGAGGCUCAGCAAUUAGGUAUUUUACCUUCGUCCAAUGCCACGCCCAUGGGUACUAACGAUUUAUUGAGUGCCACACCCACUUAUACCAAGGAUCAGCAUAAUAAUGAACAGAGGAAGAAGGUGGAGCCAAAAACACGUCAACUUCUAGUGGUCAAUGUGGAAGACAAAGAGGCUUUAGUGAAAUAUUUUGAGUCGUUUGGUGGUCUGACACAAGUAGAGAGAGGCCCUGAUAAUCCUAAAAACCUCAUUUUUACAUUCAAAAGCAGGAAUGUUGCAGAAAAGGCUGCUAAGGGAUCUCUGUUCCAAGGAAAGCCGCUAAUAAUGAAAUGGUACACUCCUAAACCACCGCCCAGUCCAACCGAAAAGAAGGCCACACCUCCAAUUAUUCCACCUCCCGGAAAACCCCCGUCGGUUUCAAGUCACGAAACUAAAAAACAAGCUCCUCCCACCUCGUUAUCACUAUUAGACGAGCUGAAGGAUCUUGAGGCUGAGCUUCAAGAAGAGUCUCUGAUUGAUGUCUACACUCCCGAGCAGUCGGUUCCUCGUGUUGUACAUUUACUGGACGAUGAAGAGGAGGAGCUUGAUGAAAGAUCCUGGCGUCACUGACCAUGCCCACUUCUUAAAGGGACGGUAUUCUAAAUUUAAUUAGUAUUGUGGGCGGUGCUACCACAACAAUUGUUUAAUUAGAUUCAUACCCUCAAUAAUGUUAUUAUUAAUUAUUAUUAUUAUUAAUUUCUGUGCACAAUGACUCUACUAGUAUUAAUCAUUAAUAUUAUGCCAUUAUUAUUAUUAUUAUUAUUAUUAUUAUUAUUAUUAUUAUUAUUAUUAUUAUUAUUUGACGAAAGAGAAACAAAAGCCAUGGAAAAAAAUGA